ACUGAUGGGUGACACUGAAAGGCAGCUCAGAUGGGCACUGAUAUGUGGCAUUAAUGUGCACUGGUAGGCACUGAUAUGUGGCAUUGAUGUGCACCGGUAGGCACUGAUAUGUGGCAUUGAUGUGGCACUGAUGGGCACUGGCAGGUGGCAUGGAUGAGCACUGACAGCUGGCACUGAUGGAUACUAACAGGUGGCACUGCUGGGGCUACACAGAUCAUCAGGGCACACUGAUCAUCAGUGCCCUGAUGAUCACUGUCAGCGUGACAGCUCGUGAGGAGAGAAAUGCAGAUAACCGGCAUUUCCCUGUUUACAUGUGAUUAGCUGUGAUUGGA